UCUGUAUUCAACCCUAGCCGAACGCAGAUACUACUGGCGCGGGUCUAUAAAAGACGCCGGCUUCGGCAAAAGUUCUUAGAACGGAAACGAAGAACCUAGCCGAAGAAGAGGGCGUUCAAGCAAGGGAGCGGAGAUUAGAUGGAUCGAUACCAGAGAGUGGAGAAACCGAGGGAGGAGACCCCGAUCAAUGAAAAUGAAAUCCGGAUAACUUCCCAAGGAAGGAUGCGCAGUUACAUCUCGUAUGCAACUAAUCUGCUUCUGGAGAAAGGUUCAAAUGAAAUCGUCUUUAAGGCUAUGGGAAGAGCCAUUAACAAGACUGUCAUGAUUGUGGAGCUAAUAAAGAGGAGGGUUGUUGGUCUUCAUCAGAAUACUGAAAUUGAAUCUGCAGACAUCACUGACACUUGGGAGCCUUUAGAAGAAGGCCUACUUCCGCUUGAAACUACAAGGCACGUGUCUAUGAUGACAAUUACUUUGUCGAAGGAGGAGUUGGAUACCUCUUCUUCUGGCUACCAAUUGCCUAUUCCAAGUGAUCAGGUGAAACCAUUGGCUGACUUUGAAUAUGAAGGAGAGGAUUUUCCUGGUGGUCGAGGAAGAGGCCGUGGUGGUUACAAUCGGGGGAGGGGCAGCAGAGGAAAUGGAUUCGUGGCUAUGGAUUACAAUGAUGAAGGAUGGGACAAUCGUGGGUAUGGAAGAGGUGGUUGGAAUCGUGGUAGAGGGCGUGGUUAUCGAGGUCGUGGCCGAGGAGGGUAUGGAGGUAGAACUUAUUACCAACAAGAGAAUGGCGGUUAUAAUGAAGAAUAUUCUGUUCCUGUUCAUGGACGAGGUCGUGGCCGCGGGCGUGGGAGAGGUCAAGGUCGAGGAAGGGGCCGAGAUUUUCGAUCAAAUGGACCUAUCCAUGCAGAUGGCGGCGGAGCCUAAAUAGCUAAAUCCAGUGAAGAUCUUUGUUUAAUGUGUUGGAUGCCUGCUCCUUGUAACUGGAUUGUUGCUUUUCAUGGGUGUAUUUAUCUGGAGUUGAUCUAUAAGGUCUUUGUGGUUUGGCCUGCAAGUUUCUCGUCUGUUUUUGUAGGUAUAGGAGAUCAGAGUCUUGUUUUUUUAUUUGUUUUUUUUUUUACUUAGGUCAAUCUAAUUGUAUCGUUUGACUAAUUGAGCAGUGCAUUCUUUUAUUUAUUUAUAGAAUUGUAUGAAGUGUAUUGACGAUUUCUCUAUAGUUCGGCUGUGCUUUUGCGUGUGGCUUUGCUACAUUCCAUGAAUGCUAUAGUAUUGUUCAA